AUGGAAUUAAAGGAUUUACCUAUUGAACUCACUGAACAACUAAUUCCUAAAGAUCAAACUAUUUUAAAACUACCAACUGAACAAUGUAUACAUUGGUUAAAUUUAUUUCACCCUCGUGAAACUCUCAUGAUUUUAGAAGCUGGCUUCAAAUCCACGGAAAAAGAAAAUUAUCUUAAUAAGUUUAGAUAUAAAAUUUACUUUGAUUUUGGUGAAGAACCUGUUAAAAAAAAGGGCGCUAAGGGGAUAAUUCUUGAAUACAAAUUAGUUACUGGUGUGAUUGCAAGGUAUGCAUCUUUAUUUCGUCACUUCCAAAUAUGGACAGGAAAUCCGGAAUGGCAUUCGUUUGUAUGGCUCAGCAAAGUUUCUUUGAAGCAUUUGAAUCGUCAAAAUUUGACAAGUAUUUGUCUCGGAAAUACAGAUUCUGAAUAUUUAAGUGGUAGUUUUCAAAUAUUUAUGAAGUUUUAUCAAGAUAUAUUCACGAGAAUAGUUCUGGAGACGGAGACAAGUUUAGCCAAUAAAACUAAUACAGUUACUCAGACAAAUUAUUCUGGUGGGUUCUUCAACUGCUUAGAUGAUGUUGCAAUUCAAUUAAACUAUGAUCAAUACCAAGUCUUGGCAACUUCAAUUGCAGAGUAUAAAACAGUAACCCUGAUAACUUUGAGAAAAGCACUGAUAUUCAUUGAGCCAACUAAAAAUAGUCCAGUUUAUUUUCCCGUCAAAAUUGUAACCAAUUUAUUUAAGCCUACAACCGUAUUCACUUUGCAUUAUUUUGGCCCCAACACUUCGGUUGAAUUUGUUGAUGAUUUAACUGUUGCAGUUCCCAAAGUAAAAUACAGGAUUUGGAAGAUUGGAUUAUGA